AUGGCUUCCGAAGCACCGCCUACUGGUCCUGGCCGUGGCGUUAGUCAACUUUAUCCAACAGCUUCAGUGAUGGGCAGGGAAUCACAAGCACAAUCCGCUUCCGCAUCAGCUCGGAAUGUCAGCCAGCUUCAUCCAUCCCCUAGCCGCUCUCCAUCUCAGGCUCCAAAGGCCCUCUCUGAAGCACCAUCUUCAACUGGUCAAAAUCAGUCUCGCCAUACAUCGGUAGUACCUUCUCAAGCUCCAACUAUCACAGUUUCAUCUCAGACAACAUAUACUCAGCCAACAUUAAGACCCUCUCACGCUGCAACCUUACGGGGCGCAUCUAAAGCUCCAUCAUACCAACCAUCUAUCAGACCUUCACAUGCAGCAACUCUCAGAGGUCCGUCCCAAGCUCCAUCUCGUGGUACAAUCAACUACACUGCAACAUCCUCUCAAACUCUAGGUCGCGGAACUUCCUUGAAACCAUUCGACGGUACCACCGAGCUUCAACGUGAUGUUUCUCGGCAACCAACAAUAAUGUUGCAAUCCCCAUCUAACCGCCAAACAUUUCUCCAACGUGACCCCAGCAUUUCCCAACCCACACUCCUUAACCGAGACCAAUCCCAAAUGCUCUCAUCCACAUCAACCAUAAAAGAAGUCAGCAUUGCCCCCUCCAAAAAAAUCGACAAGAUGUCGAGCGUCCGCAGUAUCCUCCAUAACCCCACCAAUAUCCAAAUGGCCAGUCGUCAACCCACAAUCAACAACAUGAAGGGAGCCGAGCGCGAAGAACAAGAAUCGUGGGCCCUGGGAAAACUCGGAAAAUUAAAUACCGGAUGUCCGCAAAACUAUGGAUGGUCGCGUCGAAGUGAUGGAUAUAUAUGUGAUGGCGGAAGUCAUUAUAUUACAGAUUUGUUGCUUGCGGAGGGAAUGGGUGGGAUGUUUGCGGUGAAGAAUAAACAUGAGUGGCAGGAUAGAAGCCAGGGUCCGUAUUAUUGGGUUGGGAAGAAUGCAGAGGGUAAGAAUCUUUUUUCGAAGAAUAAGGAUUCUAAGAUUGUUUAG